AGCUUACAGCCAGACACCUUAAAAUAGCCUGUGUCUCACUGUUCCCAACCUCCUGAAACCCUCUCGCAAGAAGUCUUUCCAUUCAUCAUCCCUUCUCAGAAUCGACUUCUGCAAGCUGUCAUCCUCUCUGGGGGGCUUUGAUUCUUCUGCAUUCGAGUACGCUGCCGCUGGACAGCUUUCUUAACGAUCAGCCACCCACCAUGUCGCGCUUCUCACGUUACGACACGGACGAGGAGCGCCUGCCCGAGGGCAUGACUCGCGUUGGCUAUGAUGCCAAUGAUCAGACGUACACUUUCCAAGACGCUCACGGCACACUCUAUCGAAGCGCCCCCGGCUGCGAGUAUGGCGAGCUAUCACAGGUCGGUUUCGAAGCGCCCAGCGCUCCCGCGGAGCACAUCAAAUCACCGUCGUGGCGCAGAGAGAUGGGACCCUUCCUCAAUUUCGGUGUGCUCAUCGGGCUCUGGCUUUUGGGACUGUUCUGGUACCUACACUACGCCGCGUCGUCCUCGCAUACGGAAGAUUCCACGCCCGAGAUAUCUUGUCAAGGAGACACUCUUCCCCACGUGAUCAGCAAGGGCGACACGUGUUGGGAACUUGCUAACGAGCGAGGCAUGUCGGUUGAUGACAUUACUGCUUUAAAUCCUCAAAUCGACUGUGAGUCGUUGGCUGUUGGAUCCGAGCUGUGUCUGCCGGCCCGGCCUGCGUGAGCCUUCGGUCUCGUUGCUUUGGGGCACAGUUACUUGGCAAUCUCACCGCGUCAUCUCUUUGGCUGGCUGGACCUGUCGACGCGACUCUUGGACUUGUAACAUAGUCUUCUUUGUGCUGCAACAUGGUCAGAUAUCUAUCUAUGACUGUUGAUCAGUGAUGACGUGUAACGUCCAGCUUCUGUCAACAAUUCCAUGUCAUGCUGCAUGGAAGCCCCAUUUGGCGCGCCCCAGGCAGGCGGUGUCGCUGCUGUCGCUGAAGACCCUGAUGGUGGGGCAGGGGCGCGCCUGGGCGGGGUCUAAUGCUGUUCAGUAAGGUAAUUUGCAGCGGCCUGAAAAAAAGUCCUCUGGGUGCCCCGCGCCGCUCGACUCAAAUUUCCUCCUGUCAACUUUUCUUCCUCUCUUUCUUCUUCACCAUCAAGUCCACACGGUGAACAAGACAAAAGAUGGACAAAGAUCAGCUCGCCCGCUUGCUCCAGGAGAGCCAAGUGCGUAA